AUGCCCCAACCGCCCCUUGAUAGUGCACAGCAUUUGUAUGGGUACCAGGGUCCAGCUAAAAACAAGCCUGCUAACUUUGGUCCUGUUUCCAACGGAAACGCUAACGGAAAUGACAUCAUGAUGGCCCCACGUAUGGCCCAUUCUUAUAGCCAUCCUAACAUGGGCCAACAGCCUUUAAAUUCUGGAAAGCCAGCUACGGAUGGACCAGAAAUAAACAUGGCAUCUAUCACACAACUCCCGCAACAACUAAUGGUCAGCCAGGUCGGACAACCUUCGCGACCCAGAAAGCAUGUCCAACCGUCACCACAGCUCCAACAGCAUUUACACCAUAAUCAACAAACACCUCAAUCGAUACCACCACCACAGGGACAAGCGCUGGCGCCAACUCUGCCUCUUAAUGAUUUCUCCAACUCUGCGUCAGCCGUACCAUCACCAUUUGCCACUUCUGUUCCUACACCCACUGACUCCACCUCAGUACCAGCGAUGGCAAUGCAUGGAAUACCAGCACCCGGACUGGCUCCGAGACAGGUUUCAAACGGAUUUGGAGGUUCUGCUCCCUGUACGAUGGCCGCACCUGUGAUAGAAGGUCACACAAAUUUGCAUGCCAUACCAGUGGGAUCUGUACCUAUAGCCACAUCAGCUACGGGCCCUGGCCCACUUCCUACGUCACCAUAUCGUCAAAACUCACCGCUGCAUUCCGCGUACACUAUGCCUACGGCAUCCCAGUCCCAAGUGCGGCAAUACGUGCCUGUUAACGCAAUGCCAUAUCCCAUUCGAAAGUAUCUUUCCAAUAUGGCUAUACUACGCUUACAUGAAAUCAUAAAUUUGAUUAACGUUUCAACCGGCAGAGUGGACGAUUUUGACUACUGGAAACGUUUUACAAGUGAUCUCUUUACGCCAUACGGAAUAUUACGAUAUUCCACCAAAGGCGGUGAAGAGACUCGUCAAUUUGAAUUCACGACGCCCAUUAUUCCGCUUAUAUGUCAGUCGCUAGGAUCUGUCGGUGUUGUUAGACUAGAAAUCGUGCCACAACAGCUGAGAGCUCAGGUCUUAAGCAACGGUACCAUAUUUUUCGAUUGUCCUCGCUGUACCGCGACUUACUACUAUCCAGAUGGUAGCUACAUGACCAACUUUUCUCAGAUCAAAGGAAUAUUUGACUCGAACUUGAAAAUGAUUUGGGUUGAAAUCUCAAGCUACAGUUUCGUCCCUGGCAUAGAGUGGAGCUCGCUCGAGCGAUUGAUAAGCCAUGAACCGCUGUGUCAUCAAAUAUUCCAGGAGUUGGGUCAAUCUCAUGAGACGCCUCAAGCUCCAGACCAAGAACAUGAUCAACAAAGUCCCAUGGGAUCAAACGGGCCCAAAGUACCAACCAACUUUGCAGCGAUCACAAAGCUUCGAUCCCAAUUUGGAGUGUUUCAUAACAUAUCAAGCUUUGGAGUCCAGGAAAGUUUUAUGCGAGCGUUGCAAGUGAACGAUGUCAUAUCUUAUUUAAAAAACCUAAAAGUGUACCAAAAAGUGCACAAGCAUCGAAGCCCGUUAGGAAGUUUAGAAGCGCUGAUUACUUCUUCAAACGCAGAAAAAAGCACAGGCAUACCAAAGGGCGCUCCGUCGAGUUAUCAAAACAGCGGCCUUUCUCCGGCAUCACAGUCUACAAUGAGGGCCAAGACCACUCAGCCGGGUCGACCUGUUCCGAAAAAACGCAGGCAAAGUGAUUUAUCUCCUCUAAGCACUAACGACAAGGAUUCGACACCGAAGCAGGGUACCCCAAAUGCAGCAAGCGACAAUACCAAAAAGUCAAAAUAUUGA